GUUCAAGGUCCCUGAUUUGCUGACUUGGCUUGCGCGUUCUGUACCUGCUCUACACAAACGAAAACACUCACCAAGUGGAAACGGAUUCGGUACCUACCUACCUUCGUCUCUCCUUCCUCUCCGUCCCAGGUUUAUCUGAUUAUCUCCUCUUUGAAGGUUUCAGAUUUUAGUAGAAAUCCGGAGAAAGGCUUGGAAAUCGCAGUGGAAAGGGAAAGUUAACGAGAGUGGUGCUCUUUAGCUGUAACCUGAUUCACGCAUUUUGUUCUGUCCUCGCCCGUUUCUGCCAUGGGAGUGCCGAGCGACGACGCGGUUGUCAUCCAGAAAGGGAAGAAGCCAGGAGAGCCUCAUGUUGUCACCGUUAAUUGCCCCGAUAAGACUGGUCUCGCUUGCGAUAUUUGCAGAAUAAUUCUCGACUUUGGGCUUUACGUCACCAAAGGAGAUGUUUCCACUGAUGGAAAGUGGUGCUAUAUGGUAUUCUGGGUGAUUCCUCAUUCUCGCUUGCUCGUAAGAUGGUCAAAUUUGAAGAACCGUCUUCUAUCUAUUUGUCCAUCGUGUUCAGUCUUCUUUUACUUAAACCAACAGCCCCCGCCAUCCACUUCAUCUCCAGUUUACUUGUUGAAGUUUUUUUGCCUUGAUAGAAAAGGAUUACUACAUGAUGUUACUCAGGCUCUCUCUGAACUUGAGCUCACAAUUCAAAGAGUUAAGGUUACGACUACCCCAGAUGGCAGAGUCCUGGACCUCUUCUUCAUUACAGAUAACAUGGAGUUGCUACACACAAAAGAACGACAAGAUGAGACAUUUGAACAAUUGCAUGCUGUGUUAGGCGAAUCAUGUAUCAGCUGUGAACUUCAGCUGACAGGCCCCGAGUACGAGUGUCAUCAGGGCAUGUCUUCUCUUUCUCCUGUUAUUGCAGAAGAAUUAUUUUUUUGUGACAUAUCAGAUAAAGAAAUCCAUUCACAAGCUCUUAGUCCUGAUAUGACGAAAUUGAAAAAGACCAAUGUAACUAUAGACAAUUCAUUGAGCCCUGCUCAUACAUUGCUUCAAGUACACUGCAUUGAUCAAAAGGGUCUACUUUACGAUGUAAUGAGAACUUUGAAAGACUGCAAUAUGCAGAUAGCUUAUGGUCGAUUCUCAGCAAACAACAAUGGAUAUCGUGAUUUAGACCUAUUUAUUCAGCAAAAGGAUGGGAAGAAGAUAGUGGAUCUGGAGAAGCAAAACGCAUUGUGUUCUUGCUUGAAGGUUGAAAUGCUUCACCCAUUACGUGUGAUUAUUGCAAAUCGAGGGCCUGAUACUGAACUUCUGGUUGCUAAUCCAGUUGAACUAUCUGGAAAGGGAAGGCCACGAGUUUUCUAUGAUGUUACACUUGCUUUAAAAUCACUUGGGAUCUGUAUAUUCUCGGCUGAAAUAGGAAGAUAUUCCGCCUCAGAUCGUGAAUGGGAGUUCUACAGAUUUCUUCUAGAGGAGAAUGGAAAACUUCAGCUGUCGAAUAUUGUAGCUAGAAAUCACAUAGUAGAUAGAGUUAGAAGAACACUAAUGGGCUGUUGAGUGGAUUCAUUUCUUUGUAAUUUGAUGUAACUAUGUAUAAUUUGUUCUCUACUCGGAUUACACGUUGGCCCUCAGUGAUCAGUUAUCUAUUUGUAUAGCACGAAUUGAGUUGCAUAAGAUGCACGUGUUUUGUAUUA